CGCUGUGUGCUGAGAUAACGGGCCGAGGGGACUGCUGGCCGGGCUGGAUGGAGGAGAGAGAGCGGGGAGCGGAGAGAGCGCAGACUGAGCCCGGGGACGAUGCUGGAAGCGCGGGGAGCAGAACCACCACACAACGCGGCCGAGUCUGUGACUGGAUUGUAGCCCUCGCCCGUGUUGAAGAUGUCGGGGAAGACCGACAGUAAGCAGGACUCCCAGCGCUCUCACUUGUCAUCCUUCACCAUGAGGCUGAUCGACAAAUUUCAUUCCCCCAAGACCAAGAGGACGCCUUCAAAGAAAACAUCUAAACCUCCGAUCGAGAGAAGCGUCAAGAACCCUGAGCAGCAGAUUACUAAGGUUCAGAAUAACAAUCGGUUGGACGAUCAGGAGAAAGAGGUGGUCAGUGCCUUGCGAUACUUCAAGACAAUAAUAGAUAAGAUGGCGGUGGACAGAAAAGUCCUGGAGAUGCUUCCAGGUUCCGCCAGUAAAGUACUGGAGGCUAUUCUGCCUCUGGCUCAUCUUGACCCCAAAGUUCAGAACAGUUCCUCAGUGUCGUCCUGCCUGAGCCGAGUCUAUAAGAGUUUGGGGAAUCUGAUUCGUUGGUCUGAUCAGGUGAUGCUGGAGGGAAUAAACCUGGAGGAGAAGGAGACAAUCGGGACUGUCACGACCAUCAUCAAAGCAGUGCUGGAUAGCGUGAAGGAAUUGGUGAAACUGGUGGAGGAGAAACAGGAGCACCCGUCCCCGACCUCGCCCAAACCCAAACCUGUGCCACCAAUCACCACUUCAGACAGCGUCCCAGAGCCCCCUGUUAUUGAGACGGAGGAUGAGAGCCUGACGAACUCCUCCGCCUUGAGCCGCUCCACCGAGGUCCUGACCGACCCGCCCUCCGCCGAGGAGACCGCUCCCCCCAAGCCGCCGCUGCCCGGACUCAAAGUACCCGAGCACUGUCCUCCUGCUCUUCCUCCGAAGAAGCGGCAGCCGGCCCAGUCUCCUCCGCGAGUCGCGGUCGUUGCGCCAAUGAGCCGCACCACCAGCGGAUCCAGUCUUCCUAUUGGCAUCUGCAGACAGAAUUAUGAUGUAGAUGCUCUGCAGAGGCGGUUUUCUGGAGGGAGUCAUUCUUACGGAGGGGAGUCUCCGCGAGGCUCUCCCUGCGGCAGCAUGGGAAAACUCAGCAAGUCGGACGAGCAGUUGUCUUCUCUGGAGCAGGACAGCGGACAGUGCUCUCGCAACACGAGCUGUGAGACACUAGAUACGGCAGAGAGCUGCGAUCCCGACUACGACUUCCUCAGCCAGGAUUUAUCCAACGUGGAUCAGAUCCCUCUACCUGCGGGAGGUUGUCUCAGCCCCUUACCUGAAUCCCAUCGGGAGUCUUCCUCCAGUCCCAGCCAGGUUUCCUACGGCUCUCCGUCUCUCCAUCCACUCGUUUCUCCUCAUCAGACUCACAUCAUCGCACCUCCUGCUCUGCCGGAGAAGAAGCGGCGUAGCGGGAACCCUCCCACCCCUUUCGACGGCCUGACGUCUCGCUCUCACUUCGAGCGUCUCUAUUCGCAGUACGAUAACGUCCCUGAUGACGAAAUGCAGGUUCCUCCCUUCCCCCUGUUUACACCCAUCGCCACAGUAUCGCCCUGCAGCCCCGCGGCCUUCGGGACGGACUUCAUCCCGUCUGAGAACGAUCACAUCCCUCUGAGUCCUCCACCUCUGCCUGAGAAGAAGAGUAAAAACAUCCUGAAGUACAUGCAGUUUAUGGAGGAUUACUCGGAGCCGCAGCCGUCCGUCUUCUAUCAAACGCCGCAGAGCGAGAGCAUCUACGAGCAGCGCAACAAACACCUACAGGAAGUGUACGGCUUCAACGACUCGUUCAGCAGCAGCGACUCAGUGCACGAGCCCCUCCCUCCCCCGGCACUUCCACCCAAACAGAGGCAGCUGGCCUCCUCUCACUCUGCGUCUCCUUCCUCGUCCUCCUCUUCCUCUCUGUCUUGCCACCUGCAGCAGUGUGCUGGCGGGCUGGGUUCUGCUGAGGUGGACGCUGCGCUCAGCCUGUCCGUCUCUAGCUCCUCUCUGGGUUGCCAGGUCUCUUCUCCUGCUCACGGGAGCCAGAAUGCUAGUGAUGAGGGUGGCGAGGGUGAGUACGUCAAUCUGUAUUCAUCCAGCCAGGCCGGCGGGGACCUGCCGCUCUCUAAUGGAGACCCCGGCUGUGGAGCAGAGGACUCGCUCCAGGAUUCAGCUUCAGAUCACGGCAAAGACCAGAACAACUCAGACAGUUGGAAGCAGAAGUGUGCAGACUCAGAGCUGAGUUCGGAGGAGCUGGAUGAGCUGUCUCUGGUCGACCACGAUGAGAUCAUGGCUCGCAUCACACUAAAGCAAGAGACUGACGAUGGUCCUGAUGUUCGAGCUGGAUCAGGGGAUAUUUUAUUAGUUCAUGCCACAGAAACAGAUCGUAAAGAUCUGGUUCUAUACUGUGAAGCUUUCUUGACGACGUACAGAACGUUUCUAACCCCAGAGGACCUCAUUAAGAAGCUCCACCAUAGAUAUACUAGGUUUUCUCACAGUUCUGACAGUGUCAAAAAGCGAGUCAGCAAAAACACGUUCUUUGUGCUGGUGCGUGUUGUGGAUGAGCUGUGUUUGGUGGAGCUGACCGAAGACAUCCUGAAGCAUCUGAUGGAGCUGGUGUUCAGUCUGGUGUGUCACGGGGAGCUCAGUCUAGCUCGGAUUCUCCGCAAGAACAUCCUGCAUAAAGUAGAGCAGAAGAAACUUCUGAACUACACAAACUCGCUGAAGACGCUGGCGGCUCGUGGUGUAGCAGCCAGGCCAGGAACACUUCACGACUUCCGCAGCCAUGAGAUCGCAGAUCAGCUCACUCUGCUGGAUGCAGAACUGUUCUACAAAAUAGAGAUUCCUGAGGUUCUGCUUUGGGCGAAAGAACAGAAUGAAGAGAAGAGCCCCAAUCUUACCCUGUUUACAGAGCACUUCAACAACAUGUCUUACUGGGUGCGCUCCUUAAUCAUCCAGCAGGAAAAAGCCCAGGACCGGGAAAAACUCCUCCUCAAAUUUAUAAAAAUUAUGAAGCACUUAAGAAAACUGAAUAACUUUAACUCCUACUUGGCCAUUCUGUCUGCGCUGGACUCUGCACCAAUCCGGAGGCUGGAGUGGCAGAAACAAACCUCAGAGGGUCUGGAGGAAUACUGCACUUUAAUCGAUAGCUCCUCCUCCUUCCGGGCGUACAGAGCAGCGCUGGCGGACGUAGAGCCUCCCUGCAUACCCUACCUAGGUCUGAUCCUGCAGGACCUGACCUUUGUGCACCUUGGUAAUCCCGACUUCUUUGAAGGAAAGGUGAACUUCUCCAAGCGCUGGCAGCAGUUCAACAUCUUGGACAGCAUGCGGCGCUUCCAGCAAGUGCAUUAUGACCUCAAACACAAUGAUGACAUCGUGUCCUUCUUCAACGACUUCAGUGAUCAUCUGGCGGAGGAGGCGUUAUGGGAGCUCUCACUGAAGAUCAAGCCUCGCAACAUCACCCGCCGCAAAACAGAGCGCGAGGAGAAGACAUAG